AUGAUCGCCGCUGAAAAUCAGUCGAGUUUGCGUGCCGGCUCCAGGCUGGGGCAGUACGAGGAGGUAGCGGGUGACGGAAGCGUGGGUGGUGGCAACGAGGCUGGUGGAACCGCAACCACUACCUCGGAGCCAGGUGUAAUGCAAAAGGAGGAGCAAGAGGUGGCGCAAAACGAGAACUCUUCGAAAGAACCGAACGCAGUAACAGUAACUACACCUAGCGGCGUCGCGACGACGGCGUCCACGGUGACCACGACACCCGCGACCACGUCGACCACGAUGCCAGGUGGAGGCGCUCGCAGCGAUGACGAGGAUGAGGAGGAGGAGGAGGCCGAAGAAGAAGAGGAAGACGUGGAGGAAGAAGAGGACGUGGAAGUGGAGGGUGGAGCGGCGCAGGAGGCGGUCGGCGGAGGUGUUCUGACGAACGAGGGUGGGGGUGGAGGCGGCAUGGCCGGCUUCUGGAGGCAGAGUAGACCCUCCAGUCCCCGCAUGCCGCCUCCGGAGCAGCCGGAGCACAGGCCUAAGAGCCGACACGAGCCGGCGCCCGCGAGAUACAACAACCUCGGUUACUGGAGGGCCAGAAGGGUGACAUUCUACAAAAAUGGCGACCCGUAUUUCCCUGGAAUCGAGUUCAGGUUUAAGCCAGGAAGGGACAUCGGUUCCUUGGAGGCGCUCCUGGAUAGAUUGUCCCUUCGAAUGGACCUGCCAAGAGGAGCAAGGCACAUCUUCUCGAUGGACGGAGACAGAAAGAUCACCCUGGACGAACUUGAAGACGGUGCCUCGUACGUUGUAUCCAGCUACAAAACGUUCAAGCCGGCCAGCUAUGGAAAGAAGAAUAACACCUGGUACACGAGCCCCACUGGCGCGGGUAGCAGAGGUGGAGCGGGCGUCGGAGGUGGUGUUGGAGGUUGGCAAAGUAGACCACCGGCGGUGGCGAGCCUCAGCAGGAAAGCUUCAAUCACCGACGAAGCACCACCUCCUGGUGGUGGAAAGCCUUCCUCGGGACGUGUCAUACGUAUCGUUAACAAUCACGAUCACACCGUACAGUGUAGAGUCUUGUUGAACCUACGCACUUCUCAACCAUUCGAGGAGGUGUUGGAGGAUCUUGGACAAGUAUUGAAGAUGAAUGGGGCCAAAAGGAUGUUCACAGUUUCGGGUCAAGAGGUAAGAAGCUUCUCGCAGCUGAGGAACGAAUUCGCAGACGUGGACACGUUCUACUUGGGCACUGGAUCCGGGAUAGGUAUGGCCGGUGCGGUGACUGCAUCUCCAGCAAGAAGAUCCAGGUCGAGAGGACCGCCCACGGUGGUCGAAGACAUUGGUCGUCAACGACGAGCUCGCAGCAAAAGCAGACCUCGUGCUUUGUACGCCCCUGAUUCAGACGUCGUCCGAGUAAACGAUUACAGCGUGGUAGAAGUGUUAAGGGACGAACCUGCCAGAGUGACGAUCAGAGGAUUAAGAAGAUCCUUUUAUCCACCUUCUCAUUUACCACCGGUGGACAAUUCACCGCCGGAUAAGAAACUGCAGCUCGAAUGGGUUUACGGAUAUCGGGGCACCGAUACCCGAAGAAAUCUCUGGGUAUUGCCCAGUGGCGAGCUCUUGUACUACGUCGCUGCCGUGGCUGUUCUCUUCGACAGAGAAGAAAAUGCACAACGGCAUUACGUGGGCCACACCGAAGACAUUACCUGCAUGGAGGUUCACCCAAGCAGAGAGCUCGUGGCAUCCGGGCAAAAAGCUGGUAGACACAGAAAAGCGCAACCACACGUUCGCAUAUGGUCAACAGAGACCUUGCUCACUCUGUAUGUGUUCGGAAUGACUGAGUUCCAGAUGGGAGUCUCCGCCUUGGCAUUUUCGCAGCUGAACGGUGGAAGUUACGUGCUGGCAGUAGAUGCCGGUAGAGAGGCAAUACUCUCGGUAUGGCAAUGGCAAUGGGGUCAUUUAUUGGGUAAAGUGGCGACUAUGCAGGAAGAUCUCACAGGGGCUGCCUUCCACCCCCUCGACGAUAAUCUACUUAUAACGCACGGUCGGGGUCAUCUGACAUUCUGGAACCGACGAAAAGAUGGUUUCUUCGAGAGGACAGACAUAAUCAAACCCCCUUCUCGUACGCACGUGACGAGCAUCCAGUUCGAGCAAGACGGGGAUGUCGUCACGGCGGAUAGCGACGGUUUCAUCACCGUCUACUCGGUGGAUGCUGAUGGAGCGUACUUUGUACGAAUGGAAUUCGAAGCGCAUAAUAAAGGCAUCAGUUCUUUGGUGAUGCUAUCAGAAGGAACGUUGCUCUCCGGAGGAGAGAAAGAUCGCAAGAUAGCCGCGUGGGAUUCUCUUCAGAAUUAUAAACGAAUAACCGACACGAAGUUGCCAGAAGCAGUAGGAGGAGUUCGUAGCAUUUACCCUCAGCGACCGGGAAGGAACGAUGGAAACAUAUACGUAGGAACCACCAGGAACAAUAUACUGGAGGGUUCUCUUCAGAGAAGGUUCAAUCAGGUGGUGUUUGGCCAUGGUAGACAGUUGUGGGGACUUGCGGUACAUCCUGACGACGAGGUGUUCGCCACAGCAGGCCACGACAAGAAUAUUGCUCUCUGGCGAAGACACAAAUUGUUAUGGACAACGCAGGUCGGUUUCGAAUGUAUCUGCAUCGCUUUUCAUCCUUUUGGAGUGGCACUAGCUGCUGGCUCAUCCGAGGGUCAUCUUCUGGUUUUGGCAGCAGACACCGGUGCGGCUGUAGCUACCCUUAGAGUUUGUGGUUCACCUUUAUCAUGCAUUGGCUACAAUCCAACUGGAGAAAUCGUGGCGAUGGGUUCUCAGAACGGUAGCGUCUAUCUCUUCAGAGUAUCUAGAGACGGAUUCUCCUACAAGAAGAGCAACAAAAUACGUGGAACGCAACCGUUAGUGCAGCUCGACUGGAGUUCUGACAGCAGAUUUCUUCAGACGGUCACGCAGGACUACGACCUAGUGUUCUGGGACGUGAAAGCGUUGUCAUCAGAGAAGAGUCCGCUAGUCAUGAAGGAUGUAAAAUGGUACACUCAUAAUUGCAUGGUUGGCUACAUGGUGUCUGGAAUGUGGAAUAAUCGUUAUUAUCCAUUAACCACGGUUCUGACUACAUCCAGUAGAUCGGCUGCUCAUGAUAUGCUGGUCAGCGGCGAUGCAGAAGGCUACCUGAGACUGUUCAGAUACCCGUGCACCAGUGCGAAGGCUGAGUACGUUGAGGAAAAAGUGUACAGUUCCUUGGUGGCCUGUGCCAGGUUCCUUUACAACGAUCAGAACGUGGUCACUGUCGGUGGAACUGAUGCUGCGCUAAUGCUAUGGGAACUCGUUGACGAGUAGACAGAAGAUUUGCCAUAGAUUUUCUCGAUAUUUUUCCAUUUUACCCAAGGUCUAGCUCCGGACCGUUUGCCCGUUUAAUCUCGAAGAGAUUCCGACGAUUUACUUUGUCAUUGAACUUUUUUUAAUACCAAACGCAGGGAACGUUUAUCAUUUUAUACUGGAUAUACUGUUCAAUAAUCCGGUAUUUGUUCAUCGACGAAAGGACCCUGAGAGAAAACAUUGUAGCGAUUUUUACGAUUCGAUUUGAUUCGGUUACUUUUGGUGCAGGAAUCUGUGGAAGAUUUAUUAGCGACUAUAAUGUCGGUUCAUUGUCAUCCUACUUUCACGAUUCCUUUUAUCGGGAGCCAUAAAUGCUUGUCGCUGAUAAAACCGAGUCGAAAAGUAAUCACCGCUAGAAAAUUGUUGUACCCUUACACCCGUGUCAGUGAAUCGUUUCAAGGACGAAUACAACACAUUUUUAACGUUUUAAAUACCAGUUUCGUACCGUAACGAUGCGAUCGGUAUCGCUCCCUCCAACCCUGAAGGUUGUCGCAUAUAAAAUGCAAUCUUUUUCGAGCACGUUUUGAUUAAUGAACAUUAUUUUUAACGAGGAUACAGCUGACGAAGGUUCUAUGAAUAAAUCAGUCAUUUCAUAUGCAACAACUUAAUAGUUUCAUACUAAUCAGGGCGAUCACUGCUUUCGACGAAGGAAAGAUAUGAUCCGGUUAAUGAAGAUCGCAGGGAAACAUUUAUGACUAUUAUGAAACUGUGGAACUUUAGCCAUAGAAAUGAGCGCGCAGUGCAAAGAUCUAUCUUCCCUUCUAUCGAUUGUUUUGUCAUUAUUGUCGCUAUAAUUUCUUGUACAGUCGCGUGCAGUAGUGCGCUUUCUUUUUGGGAUAAGAGGCAGUGUAACUUCCUACAUCUCAUCGGUUUCACCGUUUACAUUGAAAUAUUCAGAAAUUUAGUAAGAUUUGGCUAAUCUAAUUCCCGUUCCUAAUUCCCAUAGCCGAGAUUUCAUAUUCUCCUCGACUUCCAAAAUGUACAGAAACCCCCGAGCCUUCCCCCUCCCAUGAGAAGGUAUCUUUGCACGCGACUGUCCAUGUUUAGCGAUAACCAACGGCGUACGAUAAACGUUAUCACGCUAUAACGAUGCAGUACACAUUAAAGGCGUAAUGAAAACGAUACACGUAGACACAUUAUUAAAUGUGUACUCGUAGAAAUAAUUAAAAUAAAAUGAAACAAUGUGCGCACGUUCGGGAGCGUGCUAUCGGGGUGCUGGCGCCCCUUUGUAGAUGAUAAGUAACAUAGAUUUAAAAUGAAAACCAAGAGGACGAGAAAUGUUUCCAAUUAACACGCACUCUUGUACGGGAACCGACGAGGUCGACUUGUUCUUUCUUCAUUGUUUCGAAGAUUUUUAGAGAUAAUACGUAUAAUGCUGUUGCGGGUCAACGCGCAUUCCUCUCUCUCCGUCGAUCCUUCCCUUGUUUCACACUGAUAAUUUCUAGAAGAAAAAGAAAAAAAACAUAGAGAUUAUACAGAAAGUUUCAACGAUAUUAUAAAUAUCUAUAUAUACGUAUAUAAUACAUAUACAUAUAGCAAGUAGAUGCAAAUGAUAACACGAGGAUCUCUAACAUGUUUAGCAAAACUACACACGGGAUCGUCACUGCCAUGGCAUCGAGUUCAAAAUUUGUUUCAUAGUCUGUGGGAUGUGUUAGAAAAUUAAUUUCUUAUCAAGUUUUGGAACGACAUGAAGCAAAUUUAGUAAAAUAAUACUUAAGCUAUCUAUGUUAAAUAAUAAUAAUAAAAAAUAAUUUUAAAAAAACAAAAAAAAAAGACAUUACUUUAUAGGAUACAAUUUUUGUAAACAUCUGUAGAUGGUAAAUGGAUCCGUAUCUUAUGAAGCAUCAUCUAAAAUAUAUCUAGUACACCAUAAUCGCAGGCAGAAGUAAAUUUUGGUGUUCGAUGCGCCCUGAAACAAAAACGAGAAAGGAUUCAAACGAUCCCACGAAUGUUUAGCAUGGAAAAAUCAGUGUAGAAAGGCUAUCUUAAUACAAUAAAUUCUGCACGUUAGAUAAACGAUGAUGUAUUAUUAUAAAUAUUAAUGAUUCAAAGACAAAGGAUACCCAUCUGGUGACUCAAAGCGAUUCUUUAUUAUUAAUCUGAUAUCUUACACUAUGAGUGUUCCUGGUAAGCGUCUAAGUGGUUCAUUUUGUUUCUCAUCAUCUCAAACACAACAUGGAAAAGUGAUUGCGCCCGGUUUUUAUUUUUGUGCUGAUUUAUUGUCGCAUCGCUCUUCAACGGUCACGUUUCCCUUCUCCUCGAACAUUUCUAGGCUCUUUUUUAACAUAUUACACAGAAACGAUCGAGGACAAUGUUGGAACAAAUUCUUGCUCGAAAUUUUCAUGCGCAGAAGUAUAAAGAAACAGUGUUUGAUCGCAGGGACAAAAAGAACAUUCGGGACAAGUGAUAAAAAAUAAACGUUAUCAUUAAUUGUGCACAUUGGUAAGUUGGUCACGGUUACAUCUAAAGAAAAACCAAUUAACUCAAAGCGUCAAAGACGAAACAAUUUUCUUAUCGCGUUCUUCUUUUUUUUUUUUUCUCUUAGCCAAGUUUCGCUUCGUAACGAUUUAUCAAUUGUUUCGUCAGCGUUCAAGUAACGGUACAAAACACUAAUCAAAAGAUACGCAUAGAUAAUGAGCGCAUGAAACAUUUCAAUCGAACAGAAAUGUUGUUUCAGAGCGUGCGAGAAAGUUCACCGGAUCAAGAACAACGUUCUUCGGUUUCUUUUUUUCUUUUCUUCUCUUCGUUUUCUUUCGCUCGAGUAAGAAGUGACAUUUUGCGUAAGAAUAACUCCAUUCUUCCUCGAUGAUCAUACGGACUAGAUUUAAAUUAGAAGGAGGAAAGCCGCCUGACCAUGCACGUGUGCUUGGAAGCUUUCGUCACUUUUCCUUUCUUUUUCACCUAUCAUUGCCGAGGAACUUUUCUUUCCUUAUUCUUUUGUACAUUGAAAAAUCCUCGGUGUACGUGUGUGUUUUGUUGUGUGUCAACUUACGUGUAACGAGUGACGCUCAACGAUAAUAAUAAUACUUUCGUCUACUCCGAUCGGUCCGUGUUCUAUCAACAAAUUCGAAGAUCUCGGCAUUAUAUAAAUAAAUAACAAUUAUAUGAAACAAUACUUCUCUAAAAUUACAGAAAUUUACAAGUCCUACAGUCUCUAAGGUUUCCCAAUCGACGUUUACAUUUUCCCGCCACGUUUCCUUUCUUUCUAUCUCUGAUGCUGAUCCACUCUCAUCUCCACUCAUACGCUUUUUCGUUCUUUCUUUCUUUCUUUCUUUCUUUCUCUGUAUAAUACGAUGGAAUUAUUUGAAGAUUCUUGGAAAGGGCCAACUUUGGUGAACAAUUGAAAUGGUUCUUGAAAUCCUUCUGACGGGUGUGGGGUAAUAAAUAGCACCACGUCGCAUUUAGAAAAUCCGACUUCGGAAGAUAAUAAAUACUGCGUGAAAUUGUCAGGCCGAAAUUCAAUACUCCGAUAUAAUUCUUACGUAUCCAUUUCUGAAACACAACACUGGAUACGUCUCUACACAUUUCUCUCUCGCACACUCUUUUCCUGCAACCAAAAGUAAACGAACGUAAACAAAAGUAGUAAAUUAAAAAAAAAAAAAAAGAAUUAAUAGGUUUUGUAGAUUGUUAACACGUUGACUGGCAUAGUUGAAGUAGCCAUUAUUACACUGAGGGCACUUAUCAGCUAUCAUUAUUAUAAAAAAUUCAUUUGGUUCCUUUUUAUUAAUGCUAUCACAUUAUUUUAAAAUACUAUCUGUAUCUAUUCCCAAUUACUAAUUAGUCGUUUUAAUAGUGCUGAGAAUUUCCCCUCUAUUUCACACCAUGGCAAUCAACGUGUUAAGAUAUUGUCUUUUGACUUCGAAGAACACUGUCCGCAGUUCCAAAGUAAACAUUCAACAAUAAAGAAGCAGACAAUGUUCCUACCAAUCUAUCGAUACAAUUAAUAUAAUAUUAUUAAUAAUAAUAAUAAUAAUAAUAAUAUUCAUAAUCCUCAUUUCUUCCUCUCAUUCUCUCUCAUUCUGUUCUAGCAUAAGUUUCGAAGAGAAACUGUCGGUGCUAAUUGUCCUGUUUUAUUUGUUCUCUUUGUACAAAGGUAAAACACGAAGCAUCGAACAGUUUUGUGUCCCGAAACACAACCUGUACGUGUCUUUUCACCACACAUUCUUCUUUCUGUUUCUUUGCCAUUUCGUGUGUUCCUUUCUUUUUUUUUUUACAGCAUCGUCGAAAGACAUUGUAAAGUCAGUCUUUGGUCGACUAACCCGCUAGAAUGUUUGAAAACGUGCUCAGAUAAUACAGCAGAAUGCAAAACGCUUUUAUUUAGGCACGUACUUAGAAUUUGUUUCGUCCAUCCACCGUCGUACACGUUCGCUUCGCUCCUUCGUUUCUUGUCUCUGCAAGCGUUCAGGCACAGUUCACAUAUACACGUUAUCACAUUCGUACAAAUCUAUUAUACGUAAAGCGAUACAAUUUCUGUUGUGUACAGUGCUUUUAUUUAUUAUUUUUCAUUUAUCAUCCUUCUUGAGUCUCUUUAAAUAAUACGCUUGCCAGUCUCCCUUCGUAUUCGAGAUUGAAUUUCAGACGCGCCGAUGCUAAUUACAAUACACUGAAACUCUCACCAGGUAUCUCUACAAAGAACUCGAAUUAGAAAUGUUUAGAAAAAAAAAGGAAAAGCAAAAUGUAAAGAAAAGAUAAAACACGAAUGGAAAUCGAGCAAUGGGACUACACGCUAAUGAUUAUUGAAAUCUAAAAACGAAUUAGCAGUCUAUUCAUCUUAUUUGUCUAAAUUGCUGUGUUGCAUCGAUACCGCGAACAACCAUGUAAUUGCUGCUGAGAUUUCUAAACGAUUCUGCUUGGAAUAGUGGAAAGACAACCAAUUCCGUUCAAUGUCCUUCUUCAAGAUGUUAAGAAAAAAAAAAAA